AUUCACCAUCCCUGCAAAUCAUUCUCUCCUUAGUUUUCUUCCUACUUCAUUUGGGUUAUUACCAGAAUGGCUGCACCUGUUACUAUCACUACUUUUGCUCUUGUAGAAGUUGAAGUUCCCCUCAAGUCGAACAUAAAUACGCUAAUGACAGCAUUCCUAAGCUCCCCGGAGAAACUUCCCAAGUUACUGCCUAAGGUUUACAAGAGUAUUCAGCUAAAGAACCCUGGAAGCCUACGUGAGAUUGACAUUGAAAUUGAAUAUGCUCCAGGAUGUCCACUCACGUCAGAGACAGACAGGGUGAAUGACCUAAAUCUACAGGAAGUGAAAGCUUCUUACAACGUAGUUUGUGGAACUUACGCCGAAGAGUAUAAGAGUUACGAUGCCACCGUGCAACUGGUUGAGCUUGAAAAAGGAGGGACCAAAGCAAUUCGGACAUACAAAGUUGAGUGCAAAACUGGAAGCCCAGAUAUCAGAAAAUUCAUUGAUUUCGACAUUGAUGUCCUUAAGAAAAUUGAUGAUGCUCUUCAGAACGAAAUUCCCAUGUAAAAGGAAAACAUUACCUCAUUUGAGCCAUGCAGGGAUAUAAUAAAUAAAAAAUCAAAAUCCUACUCGUUCUACUAUUGUCUUGUAGGAAGGCCUGCAGGUCCAUAUCAUAUAGUCUGAUACAUAUUCAUCUACUACUACUCACUCUGUGCUUGUAUAAUAAAAGUGCAUCUAAUUAAUAAAAAAUGUUGCUACUCUAUGUUCGCCCGUAUGAACGGUCUGUUGUAUGUUAUCAAUGUAAUAAAUAAAUUUCAGUUCUAUUCUUAUA